CGCAAACACAGCAGUUGCAGACGCCAUGCUGGUAUCCAAACACGCGGUAGGUAAAACAUGCACAUUACCGUGCAAUUGCCACUUCUGAUGUGUGUCGUAAUGGCUGUUGUCCUCUCAGUGUGCCCGCCUUGAGCUCUCGAAGGAUCCGUCCCGUCUGGAGCACUACACCAACCCACACCGCCGCCAGCAGCUGUUACAGAGGCUCAAGGGCGGCAAAGCACACCGCAACCCCGGCGGUGCACAUGCCCACGCCGCUGUCAGGCCAGUUACGCACAGGGAAAAAGGGGCUCACAAUCAGCCUGCAACCACAUCGCAUGGGCCGGAGGCUCUCAGGGGUGAGGGGGCGCAGCGCAGAUCCAGGCUCGGCUAGAUGGAGAUGAACAGGCUUGUUCUGCUAUGCGCUUUCAGUGGUUGCUCGUCAGAACUCUUCCAUGGGGUCAGGCCCCGAGCAUAUCGUCAGUAUUCAGGCAAACAACAACAUACGACUUGCAUACAUGGACUUUAUCUGCCUGCCUGCCUGCCUGCUUCCCUGCAGACGAGUGCUGGUGGUUCUAUCUCUGACUCGUCGCGCAGCCGUGGUGCGGGCAUCUUCAUCGGCAGCACCUUUAUGCUGAGCUCGAUGGCCAAUCCGACCCCACGGCGGCAGAAAUUCAAGGACCUCAAGGCAGCAUUCCUUGACGAAGCCACAGAAAUCCUACGCAGCGGUCAGUGGAAUCAUAUGCAUACAUUUGCACGCACAUUGUCUGCGUACAUGUUCUUUGCGCUUGUGUGCAGGUAAGCUGCCUCACAAGGACAUGCAGGCCAUUGAUGGUACGUGUGGGUGCACUAUGGACGAGAGGAGACGGAUGUAUGUACAUGUUUGAAUUCUGUCCGUGUCUUGCCUGUUAGAGGUGUUUCGAGCCAUGACGAGCAAUUCGCUGCAGAAGUACCUCACACGGAAGGCCUUUGCCGUCACUCUCAAGGUACAUACCUCCCUCCCAUCCACCGACAUCCGUCCGUCUUUCAUGCCCUCAUCACGUUCGUGUCAGGACGCUUUUGGGGGGAAGGCGACUGCAUUAGUGAGCCGCCUCUUCACCCUUCUCGACCACGACAGUUAGUCGGCACACAUAGCCACCCACAGAGGCGCACACACGGAGUCUGAUGUGGGAUGCGUGGAUCUGCAUUGCAGGCACCCAUCACGUGACGAAUGAGGAGUUUCUGAAGUUCUUCGCCCUCAUGCUGCGUGGCAGUCUCGAGGCCAAGCUCUUCUACGCCUUCCACACGUACGACAUGGACGGCGAUGAGACAUUAGGGGUGGCCGAUCUGUUCAAACACAUCAAGAUCGGCACGCACCUGCACCCUUUCUUCGGCGAAGACCUCAGCAGACUCGUACAUGUACGCACCCGUCACGUCAAGGCAUUUGCAGGAACGAAAAGACUCAGAUUGAAUGUCGAUGCAUGUAUGUGUCUGUCAGUGUUUUGCGGCCAAAAAUGUCGAUACGUAUGAUGUGGAGGAGGCCGAGGGCAUCACAUACGACGAGUUCUGCAGGGUGGGUGCGUCGAUGGGGCAGACAUACACACGCACGCAGCCGCGUGACACUGUGUGUCUCUCUCUCUCUCUCUGAACAGUGUUCGUCGUGGUGUUCGUUCCCCGGUGUGUUUGAGAAGGUCAUCAGUGACCACAGGGGCAAGAACGCAUCCAGCGGGGCACACACCGCCAUGCCACACAGUGUCUUUGGCCACUCCCCCAAUGACACGGGCUCAUCGGGACACGACCAUGACGCUGCUUGGGGCCUUUCAUGAAUCUGCACUCAGAGGUGUUUCUGUGUAUGGGCGGUGGUGGCUGGGGAGGUGGGAAAGGGCCUUCUCAUUUGCUGUCUGUCGGUUGCUCUUUCUCUCUCUCUCUCUCUCUCUCUCUUGUUGACUGCACGCUCGAGGACGUAUCCACGUUCGGGUGUGCGUGUGUG